UUGAAGGGUGCAUUCUUCUUGGGCCCAGAAAAGCUUGAAGAGCGUUUUAGCCAGCUCCCUGUCUGACUGCAAUCACUGGUUCGGCGAGCCCACUCUCUCUCUCUCUCUCUCCCGUCUUCCCUGCUUUGCUGAAUACCUCCGUGCCCCUGAGUAGCUGUGUGGAUGUGCCGCUCACUUUGAAGACCAACACGACAGGAUCCCGUUGAACAAGAUCUCUAUCCCCGCUAGCUGCCGGAGGAGCAGCAGCAGCAUCUGCUGUCACUCUCAGCGCAACCGGCAACAGAAGCAGCACGAGAAGUCUCAACAUUGUACCAGGUCUACUUUGCAGCAGCAGCAACAGCAGCAGCAGCAACAGCAGCAACACGACCAGCAACAGCAGCAGCAACACCAGCAGCACAAGUAUGGAUUCGCCAGUCAAGCUGCUCAGCUACCGGCAGCGCAUGUCGACACACAUCGACCAGCAGCCCAUGCAACUCCGCCAGUCAUCCUCCUCCUCCGACUUCCAGUCCUCCGAGAGCUCGCGCUACUCGACGGCUGUCAGCAGCUCGGACGCGGAGAUCAGCUCGGCAACACAGAGUCCAUUGCGGCACCGGCAGGCAUCCGGUGGCUCGCGCCGAAGCACGACGUCGUCAUCGCUGUCGUCGCUGUUUCACAAGCUGAGCCUGCGCCGCUCCAGCACAGCGUCCAGUUUCGACCUAUCGCCUCAGAGCGACCUUUAUCGCCACGGCAGCCGUGCCGCUGGCUGCUGUGAGUCGUCGGACGAGGACACCAUGCUAUCGAGGCUGAAGAAGAAGUCCAAGAGCGUGGGCAACAUGCGCCGUAAGAAGAAGACCGCCAUGCGCCGCCAGCCGGCCACGUCCGACCUCAUGGAUGCGCCCAUGCCGUCAGCGACGGCAGGGUACCAUGGCGCUGCCGCAGCUGCUGGGUCGUCAGCCACGCUGCCGAGUCGCAGUAAGAGCCUGGAUGUGCUGGCAGAGGCCGUGUGUCAGAACUGCCGACUGCAGUCGCUGGCCGCUACCGACUCCGGCAUGGGCUCAAUGUCGCUGACGGCGCCCACCGAUAGCCCGCUCUGGCUCGGCUGGCAUAGCUCUGAAACGGGCGCAGGCGCUGCUGCCGGCGGCCAGGGUGACUCAAACUUCCUGGCCCAGACCCAUCUGGCCCAGUCCAAUCCGGACCUGCUGACAGCCGACUACGCGGAGAGUCCGGUGUGUGACGAGGACGACGACGACGAGUCCUACAGUGUCGGUGUUAGCCACUGCAAGGACUGCGGGUGCUUGUUUCGUGAGCCGCUGCGGAGUAGUCCCAACGUGCGCGUCGAGUUCGAGCAAGACUACAUGUGCUGAUCUGAGUCAUAGCACGUCGUGCUUGUGUGUGUGUGUGUGUGGUGUGUGUGUGUGUGUGUGUGUGUGUGUGCGUGUGUGUGUGCGUGUGUGUGUGCGCGCGCGAGGCAGCAAGCAAGCAAGGAGAAUGGCAAGAGAGAUGAAUAGAGGGCAUGAGUGAGCGUGGAAUACACAGAGUGUGCUGCAAGCUUUUACAACUACGUCCUCUGUCCUUCUGAACGCUGGCUGGCGUGCACAGUGUCACGAGUGAGCAAGGAGAGCCAUCUAAACACAUGCUCCAGCACACAGUGACAAGAGACUUGCUGCACGGACACAAGUCAGCUUUCCUCACUCACAGCCUUGGUAAGACACGUAUCUUGCCUAAUUCUCCAAAAUCCCGUUUUCAAUAGAGCUUGACUAAGCUCUCCUGCAUCAACCUUGCUUCAUUUUUCAUUUCUUUUUUUACCAAUGGUCCAGACUAUCAAUUGAUAACACGCCAUUUUCUCGAUCGAUCUUGAGCCACAGCCAGCGCUGCUACGCCUGAUUCAAUUCAAAUUUGUGCUGACAAUUUCUUACUUGAACCGCAUCCCUGCAUGGCUGGAAUUUCCGACCUAUUUCCAAGAAAUCACGGCUCCUUGAAAGUAAUCCGACUAUGCUCGUUGUCUGGGGCACAAAUUUA